ACCCGCCACCUCGACAGCGACUCGCCAGCUGCUCCUCCUCCUCCCCCACACCCGGACCUCGACCGCCAUGCUCGCUGCCGUCGGCCAAAUCUGCUCGACCAACAACGUCUCGCGCAACGCCGCACUCUGCACCUCGCUCAUCCGCAGAGCAGCAGCAGCACGCUGCGCCCUCCUCUACCUCCCAGAGGCCGCAGACUUUAUCGCCAACGCCGACCAAGUCCCGCUCUUGAGCGAGCCCCUCGACUCGAGCCCGUUCGUGCGCAGGGUCCGCCAGCAGGCAAAGGACUGCGCCAUCUGGGUCGGUGUCGGCGUGCAUGAAAAGGCCACCGAGGACAAGUGCUACAACACCAACCUCCUCAUCUCGCCCGACGGCGAGAUCGCCCAGGCGUACCGCAAGCUGCACCUGUUCGACGUCAAGCCGACGGGCCCGGCCGGCGGCGUCAUGCUCGAGAGCAAGACGACCAUCCAGGGCGACAAGCUCCUCGACCCGGUCGACACGCCCAUCGGCAAAGUCGGCCUCUUGACGUGCUACGACCUGCGCUUCCCCGAGGUCGGGCUCGCGCUUCGACGACGAGGCGCCCAGGUCCUCUGCUACCCGUCGGCGUUCACGCUCAACACGGGCGCGCCUCAUUGGGAGGUCCUUCUACGCGCACGAGCGAUCGAGAACCAGUGCUACGUCCUCGCGCCCGCACAGAUCGGCCAGCACUCGCCCUCGCGUCAGACGUUCGGCCACGCGCUCAUCGUCGACCCGUGGGGCGCCGUCGUCGCACAGGCGUCGGACCGGCCGCCAAAGUUCCCGCCGCCGGACGAGGGCGUCGACGACGACGCCGGCACGUUCGUCAUGGCUGACGUCGACCUCGAGUGGCUCGAGCAGAUGCGCAGGGAGAUGCCGCUGUGGGACCAGAGGCGAGGCGACGUGUACCCGAUCUUGUAGAGCGCGACCUGCACUCGACUCAUCUCGCACGG